AUAAAAGUAUUAUCAUCUGCUACUACAAUCGUCGAUAUAGUAAAAAAAAAAUAUACUUGACUAGUUAUUUUAGCGCCUUAACGCGGUUUUACUGUUUUAGUUCUAAAUUUUUAAAUGCAGUUCUACAUGAGAUAUUUCUAAAUGUUCAAAUAAAAUUAUAUUAAGUAACAAAUAGCGAAUCCGUUAAUGUUUCUUGAAGGUUUAGUAAUAAGAUUUAAAAAAAUGUUUGGUUAGUGAGAUAAACUAGCAAAAUUAUGCAUGGAUUGCUAUAAAUUAUAAGCUAUUGGAUACUUUUCAUAUAACGUUUAAUAACCUAUUCAACUAAUAUAAAUGUAGAUUUAAGUUACACAAAGAAGUGUUGGACAAAGCUUACAUUAAAUGCUAUAAGUUAUUUACACCUGUUAAAAUACUUAUUCAUAUUUUACUAUAAUUGAAAAAUUUAAUGCAAUCUUCGAUGCCAACAAUCAAAAAUAUCUAAAAUUUUUAAGUACAUCUAAAAAUUUGGUGCUUAUAAAUUAUCAAAAUACUAAUAAUUUUUUAAGUUGUGACUCAAAAUUCUGUAAUAAGUAUAACAAUGAUUUGACGCAGAAAAUCAUAGUCUUAAAGCCGACUAAACUUUGGAAGUCAGUGUAAGCAAGGAAAUUUGCAGCUAAUAAUAAUAAUAAUAAUAGUAUGGUCAAACUAGCUGGAAUAAAAUAAAACUUAAGGCACCAGUAAUAUCGUUUAUAUUAGCUGGUCUAAAUAAGUAUAGCUUACAGUACAAUAAUAGAUGGACAAUCUACAAAAAGAAAAGGAUGAUUUAAACGAAAUAAAUGAUAAAAAUGUCUGUGCUGAAGCAAAAGUAUGUAUUAGUAACGUUAAAGUAGUGGACCAAAAUCAUUUAAAAGCUAAAAGAACCAAUAUGAUAGAAAAUGGCAAUGACGGCGAACAUAACUGUUCUAACGAUGAUGAUGAUCAUAGUCAAAGUUUGGAUAAAGAGGAAACAAAAGAUAAUGAUAAUUUGGUAACUUCACAAUCUAGUACUAGUUCUGAAGAAGAAUCAGAUUCAAGUACAGAUGAAAAGACUGAAUCUAAUCCAAGUACAAAUGAUCGAAUCAAUGUAGCUACCGUUGCUAAAACUAAAGAUCAAAAUAAACAUGACGAUACAACAGACGAUAGUGAUAUUGAAGAUGAUUUAAUCUCAGCAAUAAAUUACAAUACCAUUACAUCUUUGGCAGCACUGAAAGAUAUGCUUCAGUCCUCUGGAGAGGAAUCCGAAGGUGUUGAUAGCUUUUUUCAUCAUUAUUUUUUGUCUCAUGUCAAUCGGUUACCAUCACGAAAUCAAACUCAUAGCCCAUAUCCGUGGGGGCGACGGUUGUCAGAAUGUCGUGAAGAAGAUGAAUAUGAGAAUGAAGAAGGAAAAAAUAACGAUGAUUGCGUAACCAUUCCUGGAAAAAAUAAAGUAACAAGUAAAAAGAAAAUAAUACCAAAUGAAGAAUCCGAAAAAGGGAAUAUAAGUCGCGAUUUGGAAAGUUCGUCAUCUUCGGAAAAAUCAAGUUCUGAACACCUAGAUCUACAGUCUAGUUACAAUUCCAUAUCUGAGUCACCAUUAACUCCCUGUUCAUCUUCAAGGUUUACAAGCCAUAUUAUUACAUCACCGACAACAACAAAGCCACCUUUGCGUCGAAGAAAUACUACUGGUCCUGGAAUGGUUUUUUCAGCUACCGACCCACCUUCAUAUUCUAGUAGUAUGACAUUUUCUAAAAUAAGUCCAUUAGCCAGUCCUCAUCUAGAUAAAAGAUUUUUUGACUCUAGUCUUGUAGAAAUGAAAAGUCAAGCUAGCAGUACAAGCACAUUAGAUUAUGAUUCCACUGAAGAAGUCUGGAUACGCAGAAAUGAUUUUAUUCAAGAUAGAAAAAAAAUGGAAUCUGCUUCCCAACCAUUACCAACAAUAGUUACUGAAGAUAUUAAUAAUUCUUCAUUAUCAUUGCAAGAUCAGGAUCGUCGGCCAAGAGCAGGUACUUGGGGCUCCCAUUCAAGGCCUAUUUCAAAAGCAUCAUCCAACAGCACUACAACAGCGACUCUUAAAUUGGGCUCUCAAGCAGCAGAUAUGGGAAAAAAGUCCGUUGCUAUUCGAUUAGAAAAUAAUAGGAUCAAAAACCGUAGUAGUAGUGUUGAUCGCAGGAAAAGUACAACCAUAACCUUAGAUGAAACAACCAGUCCAUCAAAGAAGAGUGCCAUUUUAGACGCAUUCCGACCAAGGAGCAAAUCUGAUGUUAGUAAAUCAAAAAAACCAAGUAUUAUAACAAACAUGAAAAACGCUGUACAGCAUUCUAUAUAUAAAAGUUCAUAUGGUAGUUCUUCAUCGGACAUCAAUGCAGAAAAAGAUCAGAAAGAUGAUAGAGAUCAAAUUCGACCACGGUCAGGCUCAGAAAGCAGUCGAAAUCCCGUUAGUAAAGUGAUAAACCUGAUUAGACAUCGAAGCCAUAGCGCACUCAGCAGUGAGGAUAAAAGGAAAGCGAAAGUUCUCGCUCAUCAUCACUCGCACGUAGCAGCACAAAGUGCCCUGCGGAGGUGUUCAUUGGAUUCAAAUGCAAGACGAUUAUCUUUAGGCUCACCGGCUGUUCCGCAUAGGGCCUCAGAUGCUUAUUUGGAUCCCAUUCAUGCCGCUAUACUCUUCAGAGAUGCUAGAGGAGUUUGCAAUGCUCUUAACGAUUCAUCGAGUCAAAGAUGUUUUGUAUGUGAUGUCACUAUAGGAGAAUUCAACGAUAUUGAUAAUAUGAUUGAAAGAAAUAUAAAAUCAGACUCUCUUAAAUAUGGAUUUUCAAUCUUACAUGUAAACAUUCGGUUCAUGGAACUAGUCCUUCAUAUUUCUUAUCGUCUGGCAUUGGAAGUUCCGGUAUGGAGAUUACCUGUAGUGGAUCCAUUUUUAGAAAAAGUUUCGCUCUCCGAUCUUGAGGAAGAUGAAUCACAAAUAUUUGUUAAAUUUUUUAAGUUUCACAAAUGUUAUGAUCUUAUACCAACAAGUGCCAAGCUCGUAGUUUUUGAUACACACUUGCUUGUUAAAAAAGCGUUUUUUGCUCUUGUUUACAAUGGAGUUCGGGCUGCUCCACUGUGGGACAGCUCUCAACAGCAAUUCGUUGGAAUGCUAACUAUAACUGACUUCAUAAAAAUCUUGCAAAUGUAUUACACAAGUCCUUCAGUUACGAUGGACGAGCUUGAAGAACACGAACUGGAUACUUGGAGAAAGGUACUUAAGGAGCAAGUUCAUCCUUUAGUCAGUAUCGAGCCAGACGCAUCUUUGUAUGAUGCUAUUAAAACUUUAAUUAAUAACAGAAUUCAUCGUCUACCUGUGAUCGAUCCCGACACUGGCAAUGUAUUAUAUAUCUUAACACACAAAAGAAUACUUAGGUUUCUUUUUCUCUAUAUCCAUGAGUUGCCAACACCGACUUUUUCAAACAAAACACUAGAAGAACUGCGUAUAGGAACUUUUGAAAAUAUUGAAACAGCAACUGAAGAUACAAGCAUAAUUUUAGCUCUAAAAAAAUUCGUAGAGAGAAGAGUAUCAGCACUACCGAUCGUGGAUAACGACGGCAAACUAGUCAACAUAUAUUCGAAAUUUGAUGUUAUUAAUUUAGCAGCAGAAAAAACAUACAAUAAUUUGGACGUAACUCUAAGAGAAGCUAAUGAACAUCGUAACGAAUGGUUUGAAGGAGUACAAAGUUGUAAAUUAAGUGAGACUCUUUUCACAGUUAUGGAAAAAAUAGUUCGUGCUGAGGUACACCGCCUGGUCGUAGUAGACGAAGAAGACAAAGUCAUCGGAAUUAUUUCAUUAUCUGAUCUUCUCUACUUUUUGGUCCUAAAACCCUCAGAUCAAAAUUGCAAUAAAGGAAACACCAUAUCAUUACGCAAGAAAAAUUCGGAAGAGUCAAAAUCUCAACUAGAAUUAGAUAAGAAAUCAGAUGUGUUGUUAAGCUCAUCCGUGAAUUUACAAAUAUCUCUAGGACAAUCUGCACUAGUGGAUCAAUCAAAAGACUCUACAUGAAAAGGAGUUACUAUCACAAUACUAUAACUAUACAAUACUUGUGAUACAAUACUAUCACAGAAAGGGAAUAAAGAACUUGGAUAUAUUUUUCCAAGAUUGAUUGCUGAAUACGAGAUAAUUGCCGGAGAUUGCCUUAUAUGUUUUAGAUAUUUGAUGUUUAUGUUUUGUAAGCUCUGAUAUUAUAGUAUGAUAAUCUUUUAUUAUUAUGUAUAUUACCGUAAUAAUUACGAUUUCAAAAAAAAAAA